AUGGGUAUUCUCAAAAUCGUCGAGCUCAAAAUGGUCGCACACGGCGACCACGUGCUCGACCUGAAAGAAUAUCCCUUUAUGGCCUCCCUACACCGGAAGGAUCCGACCACCGGGAAAUUCAAGGCCCAAUGCGGUGCGACGAUCCUGAACCAGCAAUGGGUGCUUACGGCCGGGCAUUGUGUUUGGAAACAUAUUCCCUACAAAAACACCUUGAAGAUCCAGGCGGGGACCAUAAACUCAGACCCAACCAAAUCCGGGCAAAUGAUCGAUGUAACAAAAGUCAUCAUGCACGAGGGCUUUGUUAACAAGUCGGGAAAGACCCCGCGAGGCAGUGAUUUUUGGUUCUACAACGACAUUGCUGUCCUUAAGCUGAAAAGCAAGCUGACCUACGGAGGCCAGGUGGGCCCGGCCAUUCUCGUCAACAACGCCAAGGAGAAGCUGUGGCCAGCCGGUCAAAAGGCUACGAUAAUGGGCUGGGGCUACACGAACAUGUUUCCGGUAAUGAUGCCAUCACUCCUAUCGGCCCCGAUGACAGCCAUGUCCGAAAAGGAAUGCACCCGACAGUUCCCCACCGACUAUAUGCAGCUGAUGAUCUGCGCUUCCGGAUUUUUAAGGGGACCAUGUCCGGGUGAUUCCGGAGGUCCGAUCGUGCGCGAAUACUUCUCGAAAAAAUCCGGCAAAUUCAAGAACAUCCAAGUGGGCAUCAUCAGCCGUGGCCCCGGCAACUGUCAAUACGACAAUGAUGAAUACGCCGCCUUCACCGACACGUACCGCUUCUGCGGGUGGAUCGAACGGAUCAUUGGGCUCGACGGGAUUUGUAAAAGAUUGGAAGAGAUU